UCACAAGUUUACAUCUUAAGAAAAGCAUCAUAACGUGGACAAAAUGGUUGACAAAUUCGUGGGAACAUGGCGAAUGGUGUCCAGUGAGAACUUUGAUGAAUAUAUGAAGGCUUUGGGUGUCGGUUUUGCCACCCGUCAGGUGGGGAAUAUGGCCAAACCAAACUUGAUAUUCAGCGUGGACGAUCAAGGAGUAAUCUGCAUGAAGUCGCAGAGUACAUUCAAAACCACAGAGGUCAAAUUCAAACUCAAUGAAGAAUUCGAUGAAACCACCGCUGACGACAGAAGGACCAGGACUACUGUAACCCUCGAAAAUGGCAAACUUGUGCAAAAGCAAUGCUGGGAUGGCAAAGACACGACAUUAGAGCGAGAGGUGACGGAUGGAAAAAUGAUAGCGAAAUGCACUAUGGGUAAAAUUGUGGCAGUGAGGACGUACGUGAAAGAAGCUUGAAGCGAUUUGGCCCUCGUGGCGGCUGGAUUUCAAGAUGGCAGGCUCAGUUCAAUGAGCAAAAGGCUGAAAUGGCUGCUUGUGUCUCGCUCAUUUUGUAACACCAAAGCAAACAUAUGCCAUGUAUUUUGAGAUGAUUGCAUUCAGUAUUAACCUCUUGUGGUGCUUUAAUAAAAAUGUUAAAUCCUG